AUGUCUACUUGCCCUGCUCACUCCCAACAGCUCUUGAUAUAUGCACUAGGAACUAUCUCCGGUCCUCCUGAAAGCCAACCCUCAUGUUCCUCCUUGGACGUCCGCCAGUCAGUAGAAUUCAAGAAAGCAGAGGCAUACUUUCUUGCAGCCAGAAAGCGGAUGGGUGUAUUAUUUGGCGAUAGUGGUAUGAUUGAAGCCCAGUGCUUCUUUCUCGCGGGUGUGUAUUUGAUGGCAACACUUCGACCAUUUCAAGCUCGGCCGAUGUUUGUCCAAGCUCUAGUGUGCUGUGAAGGGUUCCACAUUCCGCUACCUCCAAACGAUCCCCGUCAUGAUGAGAACCACACUCUGCAAGAAAGCAUAUAUUGGACAUGCUUUAAGUCGGAAUUAGAACUUCGAUUGGAACUGGGUCUUGGAAAUACCACCUGCUUGGACCUGACGUAUCCCGCCCUCUUCCCUUCUCCUCCCAAAGAUCUUGAAAGCCAGGGAGAGACCGUGUGGUAUUUCUAUCUUGCGGAGAUAGCCCUUCGCCGGUUAGGAAACCGAGUUUUGAAUUAUAUCUAUAAUUGCAAGCCGUUUGAAAAAUCGGCCGAUGUAGAGACGAUUAGGGACUUCGAGGGACAAGCACACGGGUUACUGAACUCGCUUCCCACGCUUCUAAAACCCGAUACGCCGAGCGAGGCAGCGCAUGAUGAAAAUCAUGAAAACUCUGCUUUGCGUUUUAUCUUGAAUGGCCAUGCCAUCGACUGCUUCGAGAUGAUCUACUGGCCUUUCGUCUUCGAUGCCAUUCACGAAGGUCUGUCUCACGAUCCCGAACUAGUGGCCUUUGCGCGGAAGGGGCUACAUAUGUAUGCCUCUCGGAUUGAAAGUAACAAGCCUGGAUUUUAUUAUCGCCACCAUGGUGCAUGGCUUAUGUUGCGAUCCUGUACACGUAGUGCCUUAGUUUUAUGUGGUGCAGCUCGUCGGGGCCUUGACACCUUACUUCCCCACUCCUGGAAGAAUGGCGUUGAACAGGUAAUGCAAAUGCUGAGAUACUGGAGCUCUGAAGCGAAGGAUAUCGCUAGUCAGUUAGAAAUACUUGAGGACCUGAUGAAAGACGUUACAGAAGAUUAA